AGGAAUGCAAAUGGUAAUCUCUGGCUACGGCUGCGACUGCGCGGGUUAAGAAGUACGUCGGUAUUUUUUUUUGAAACAAUUUUUUAACUUUAAUUUUUCCAUCAAACAGGAACGCUCCCUUUUUAUCGCAUUUAUUUUGUCGUUUUGAAGUUACUUUUUUGCUUUCCAUUUUUACUUCCCAUUUUUUACUUCCCCUUGGAAUAUACUUCGCAUCGGCGGCACUUCCCUCUUGAUACCUCCAACGCGACCACACCUGCGUAUUGCCUCAACGCGAACUUCGCUUUGCGCCCUAAACAGAAGGAAACCCCACUUGUACGCCCUUCCACAUCCCCUGUGUGCCAAAAUGACGACAUACACGUUGGUUCUACUAAGGCAUGGUGAAAGCACUUGGAACAAGGAGAACAAAUUCACCGGCUGGACGGACGUGCCCCUGAGUGAACAGGGAGAGCAGGAGGCCAUAGCCGCGGGAAACUACCUGAAGGAGAAGAACUUCCGCUUCGACGUGGUGUACACGUCGGUGCUGAAGAGAGCCAUCACCACCACAUGGAAUGUGCUCAAGACGGGAGACAUGCUGCACGUCCCAGUUAUUAAAACGUGGAGACUAAACGAAAGGCAUUACGGAUCCCUACAAGGACUCAACAAAUCGGAAACAGCCAAAAAAUACGGAGAGGAACAAGUAAAAAUUUGGAGGAGAUCCUAUGACAUCCCUCCUCCUAAGCUAGACAAAGAGGAUAGUAGGUGGCCAGGACACAACGUCGUUUAUAAGAACGUGCCAAAGGAUACGCUACCCUUUACAGAAUGUUUGAAGGACACCGUCGAAAGAGUUUUGCCCUUCUGGUUCGAUCACAUAGCACCUGAUAUUUUGGCAAAUAAAAAGGUCCUCGUGUCUGCACAUGGAAAUAGCUUGAGAGGGCUAGUGAAACAUUUGGAUAGCUUAACUGAAGCUGACGUGUUGGAGCUGAACAUCCCCACGGGUGUUCCCCUAGUCUACGAGUUAGAUGAAAAUCUGAAGCCCAUUAAACAUUACUACUUGCUGGACAGCGAGGAGCUCAAGAAGAAAAUGGACGAAGUGGCCAACCAGGGGAAGGCCAAGUGAGGGCCGGCAGCACCGGAGAAGAGCAGCAGAGAAAAGCAGCAGGAGUAGUUCGCCAGGCGUGCCGUCACGCGACCCCUGUUAGCCCCCAACCGAGGCAUAUAACGAGACGACCAUGCGGUUACAAAGAGGCAAUCCGAACGAUGGGCAAAUAACCAGUGCGCGAUCGCUUCGCGGUGGCGCCUUGCCCGCGUUGUAGCCACCUCCUUCCCGUGUUCAGCCGCACAGAGGUGGUGGUGGUGCGGGGAAGAAGUUCAGCUGCCAUGAGUGUAGUAGCUUCAUACGUGCAGUAGCUCCACACGUGCAGCUAACUUUCCUCGCGCACAUACGACGAGCAUGCCGCCGCAACGUCGCACAGGCACCCCCCCCAAUGACGCCUUUUUCUCCACGCGGGCACCACUUGCAUGCACUACAAAACCGUUUCUGCUUAUAAACAUGUACGUACGUUGCUCAAAACUGCCCCAAACGAAUUAAAAACUGACUGGAAAGAUAAAACUGUAAAAGGAGAGCGCAUCCCCGUUAAGCAUUGCGCAAUUAAGCUUUGCGAACUU